CUGCGGUGAGUGGGGCCACGGAGGCGGGCGUUGUGUGUGGGGCUGGUGCGGAGGCCUCCGAGGGAAGGGGCUCGGCCUUGCUCGCGUGCUUCCCUCCCCACGACCUACUUAGAGGUUAGGAAGGGGUGGAGCUCUUCCGCCAGAGGAAGCACCUUCCUGGGGCCAGGGAGCUUGGGUGCCCACCUCGGAAAGCUGGGAGGGUCAGUUCCUGCCAGGUGGGGGGAGGGCAAGCGUGAGGGCUUCGCAGGGGCCCCUCCUGGGCUGUGCACCAGGAGGAGGAAGCGGGACGCCCCCACCCAUGGGCACCCCUUCUGCCCCGGAGUCUGAGAAGUGGGGGACUCCCAGGGCUGGGGUCAGCAUCCAUGUCCCCCAGGCACUCCUGCUUCUGCUGCUGCUGGGCGUCGGGGGUCAGGGCAGCACUCCUGGCUCCAGGUGUGACUGUGCUGGUGACGUUCAGAGGAGGUAUGGCCCAUCUUGCUGCAGGGGCUGUCCAAUGGGGCACUACCUGAAGGUCCACUGCACAGAGCACUGUGGCGACUCCACCUGCCUUCCAUGUCCCCGGGGCACCUUCCUGGCCAGAGAGAACCAUUAUAGUGGCCACUGUACCCGCUGCCAGACCUGUGAUGAGGAGGCCUCCCAGGUGGCCUUGGAGAACUGCUCUGCCGUGGCAGACACCCGCUGUGGCUGUGCACCAGGCCAGCUCAUCGACUGCUCUGUCAAACCGUGUAUGGCAAGUUCACCCUUCCGAUGCCUCUCCUGCCUAGACUGCAAGCCCCCUGAGAACCACACGCCUACACCCUGUUUCGGCAGAGACAAUAGCUGUGGGCCCUGCCUGCCUGGUUUCUAUGAACACAGCAAUGGCUGCGUGUCCUGCCCCACGAGCUUCCUGGGAAGCUGUCCGGAGCCCUGUGCUGUUGUCUGCGGCUGGAGGCCGACUCCUCUUUCAGUGUUCUGGGUCCAGGUGCUCGUGCCCGGCCUGGCAGCCCCGUUUCUGCUUGGGGCCCUCCUCAUCUGCUUGUAUUGGCGCUGCCAGCCUCACAAGCUAGUGGUUCCAGCAGACAAAGCUGGCACGGAGGCCCUGAGCCCCCCACAGGCCUCUCACCUGUCACCCCCAGACAGCAACCGUGCCCUCCUUUCACCCCCUGGCAACAGUGGGAAGGUCUGUACUAUCCAGUUAGUAGGCAACAGCUGGCCUCCUGGCCCCCUCCAGACCCAGAAGGGGCCCCAUCAGCAGGUGCCACAGUCCUGGGACCAACUGCCCAGCCACACUCUUGCGCCCCCUGCAGGCUCUCCGGCCUCCAUGCUCCAGCCGGGUCCACAGCUGUACGACGUGAUGGACGCGGUCCCUGCGCGCCGUUGGAAGGAGUUCGUGCGCACUCUGGGGCUGCGCGAGGCCGAAAUUGAGGCUGUGGAGGUGGAGAUCGGCCGCUUCCGCGACCAGCAGUAUGAGAUGCUCAAGCGCUGGCGCCAGCAGCAGCCCGCGGGGCUGGGCGCCGUCUAUGCUGCCCUGGAGCGCAUGGGGCUGGAUGGCUGCGCUGAGGACCUGCGCCACCGCCUGCAGCGUGGCCCGUGACCCGGGGUCUCCUGUGGCUGUCACUCAGGUGACCCGGCAAAAGCCCUAAGUACGGUUACUUACUCGUGUAGACAUUUUAUGUCACUUAACUGAGUCCCCUGGAGGGCCCUGCACUGCAGCGCCCCCAGCCUGGCCCUAUCCGACCCUGCGAGUGUAGAGUGUAGGAGGGGCGUGAGACCGCCCAGCUGCUCCCUUGGCUGGAGUGGGGCCGAGACCGAGGUAUUAAACCUGUGAAGACAA